AUGAGGGGCCAAUUUUAUCUUGGACGGAAAAAAAAAGAAUUUGUCAUCAAAGAAGAAAGAAAAAUGGGCGGCCGGUGCCAAUCUGUGUCCUGCAAGAAAUCAAGCAAACUACACUGCUCCGAAAUUGAUGAAGGGAAGAGGGAGGAAAUUUUCAAAUAUUUUUGGGGGAAAUUGGAAUGGAAAGAGAGGAGAAUGUAUGUGAAAACAUCGGUGGAGGUGAGUGAUGUCAAGCGGCGCCGAACAGAAGCGGUUCAAUCUCGGAGGUCAGCAUCUCUCUCUUGUUGUUUAUGUGUAGAUGGUAAAAGGCUCAGAGUUUGUCAAAGGAUGUUCCUGUCUACACUUGGCAUCAAGCAGUGGACUUUUUUAAAAUGGGUUGGGCGAAGAGGGGAAAGUCCUGAGAAGAUGACGAGAGUGACUGUAAGGACAGAGGAGCAGGACUUCCUAAAGACCUUCCUUCUGGAUUUGCCAAAAGUUCCAUCGCACUACUGCAGGUCCUCCUCAUCAAAGAUGUACCUGGAGCCUUUCUUCAAGUCCAUCAGUCAUCUCCACACACAGUAUAAGCAAUCAUGUGCAGACCACAGUAUCCAGCCUCUGUCACGGCAAGUAUUCACUAACACCUUCAACGAUUUAAAUCUUUCUCUGUUCCAUCCGAAGAAAGAUCAGUGUGACACUUGCUGUGCCUUCAAAGCCGGGAACAUCGAGGCUGCCGUGUGGGAGGAACACUGUGUUAAAAAGGACGAUGCACGAGCAGAAAAGGUAAAGGACAAACAACUUGCAAACAACACCACCUUGGUUGCAUGCAUGGAUCUGCAGGGCCUUCUCCUGUGCCCAAAGCUUCAAGCGUCUGCCCUGUACUACAAAAUGAAGCUUGGUGUCCAUAAUUUUACCAUCUACAAUAUGGCAUCACAUGAAGCAAAAAAUUACCUUUGGCAUGAGGGUGAAGCUGGGGUCUCUGCCAACGAAUUCGCCUCCUGCAUUGUGGAUUACCUUGAAGCACACCCCACUUACAAUGAAUUCAUCCUUUGGAGUGAUGGGUGUGGCUAUCAAAACAGAAAUCUGGUCCUGAGCAAUGCCCUCUUAAAGUUUGCUACUGAGAAAAAGAAACGUGUGACACAGAAGUACCUUGAAAGAGGUCACACACAAAUGGAAUGUGACUCUGUGCACAGUGUGAUUGAGAGGAAGUUGAGAAACCGUGACAUACAUGUUCCAGCUGAGUAUGCUGCAGUUAUCCGAGGAGCUCGUUCCAGUCCAAAACCAUACGAGGUGAAGUAUGUUGGUUACAGCUUUUUCCAAGACUUCAGCAAAGUCAACAUCUGUAAGUCAAUCCGACCUGGUAGCAAAGUUGGAGAUCCUACGGUGCAUGACCUUCGAGCAGUCAGAUACAAUGUGGAUGGCAGUAUGGAGUUUAAAUUACUACACUCUGACAACUGGCAACCCUUCACAUCCCCAUCCCUGAGGAAGACGUGUGUCAUCGUGGCCCCACUCUAUACAUCCGCCCCAAAAAUUAAAGCCCUGAAGUUCAAGCACCUUCAAGAACUGAAACAUGUUUUACCCAAGGACUUUCAUCCAUUUUACAAUGCACUUGACCAUGAGUGAUGCAAUUUUACUACGUGGAUGAAUGGGCUGUCCUGACUUACUGGUUAAUUUAUUAAUUAAAUGUUCUAUUUAUUGUGUAUUGUCAUGUAAUUGUUUAUUUGCAUGUUUUAAAAUGACUUUGUCUUAUCUGUUGAAAUUUUUGGAAUUCCUAUCAGCCAAUUCUGAUCAGAAAGACAUGAUUCAAAUCUUGCAUUAAAGGGAUAGUUCACCAUAAAAUGACAAUUCUGUCGUCAUUUACUCACCCUCAAGUUGUUUCAAACCUGUAUGAAUUUCU